AUGCCUGGGCUUGAUAUCAUCAUUGUUGGUGCUGGACUGGGUGGCUUGGGAGCCGCUAUUGCCCUUCGACUGGCCGGGCACAAUGUGAACAUUCUCGAAGCUGCGCCUCAGAUAGGAGAGGUGGGCGCUGGAAUCCAAACCCUUCCCAACUCGAGCAAGAUUCUCCGAUAUUGGGGGGUUUUAGACCUGGUCGACCCCUCAAGGAUUUGCGAAACAGACACGUGCAACAUCUUAGACUGGAGAGGAAAUCUCAUCUCUUCCAUGGACAUGAAACAUGACGCCGAGGAAUACUCCAGCCCGUUCUAUGACUUGCAUCGUGCCGACCUCCACAAGGCACUUUACGAACGUGCCGUCCAGCUUGGAGCACAAAUGCACGUGGGCGCCGAGGUUACAGAUGUGAAUUUCGAUGAGGAGCACGACUUUGUUUUUGUGAACACCAAGUGUGCGAAAAAUCCUUCAUGGAAAGCAGACCUUGUUGUGGGUGCCGAUGGACUCCAUUCAAGAUGCCGCCAAAUUGUUUCGGGAAAAGUUGAUGCCCCGCGCAAGACGGGCGACAUGGCCUACCGACUUCUCCUCGAUGCUAAUGAGAUCGUGAACGACUCUGAUCUGAAAUCAAUUUUGGAAGACAAAGUCGUGACUUAUUGGUAUGGGCCGGGUGCCCAUGUUGUAACUUAUGCAAUUCGUCAACGCAAACUGUUGAACAUGGUCUUGCUUGUCCCGGAUGACAUGCCAGAGGAUGGUCCGUCCACAUUAGCGGGGCAAGUCAGCGAAAUGCAAGACUUAUUCAAGGAGUGGGACCCCAGGAUUGUGUCUCUCCUGUCCAAGUGCAAAUCAGUUCUCCGCUGGCGAUUGUCCAUUUGGGACCCCAUUGAAUCUUGGAUUCAUCCGAGCGGAUCCAUGGUGUUGCUCGGUGACGCCGUACACGCCACGCUCCCGUACUUGGCCAGCGGGGCGGGCAUGUCGUUCGAGGACGGUGCUGUCUUGGGUGAGUGUCUGAAAGGUCUCGACAGGGAUGCAUUCUUGAAGGAUAAGCACAAGGCGCUGGCUGUAUACGAGUCAUGCCGAAUGAAGAGAACGAAUGCAAUUGUAGCCAAGGGAAACCUUCAACAGGAUCUGAAUCAUCUCGACGAUGGUCCUGAGCAGGUCGCCCGUGAUGAGAAGAUGAAGGCAUUUGCGGAGAUCGAGAAGAAACGCCGUGCAGGAGAUGAUAUCGAUUGGAGAUCUCUGUCGUCUUCAGCUUCACGGCCACUGAUACCAGGAGAGGACCCUCUGGUUUGGAGGAAGUUUGGGGCAGGGGAGUGGCUGCUUUCAUACGACCCGGUUGCAGAUGUCCUGAAGCACCAGCAAAAUGGUUUGAAUGGGCAUAAAUAG